AUACUGUCGUCUAAGCUGUGCCACCUUAGAGAGUAGAACAUCAAAGGAGUAGCCGACAUGACAGAAGAAGGUUAUUUCUAUAAGUAAAUGGUGGGACUAUGGUGUUUAUAUGUGAAAGUUUCAAUAUUUUGUUCGGGAUUUUAAUGUUCUAAUAUUAGAUAUGAUAUCAGGGGUGAGAGCAAGGGUGUUUAUUGUGGCCAUGUUGUUUGGUUCUAGUUCUACACGUGACCAAGACAAAGACAUUUUCAGACCCUGCACAGAUUUGACUCCGAUAGAUCUAAUCAAAGAAGCAGUUCCAACAAUACAAGAUUUACCAGAUGGCGUUAGUGUCACGUAUGACCCAGAAAGUCACGUGCAUGCAUUCGGAUUUUCAAACGAGGCACACGAGCUGCACUUUCCCUCUAAAAAUAUAUUCAAGCGAUGUAACAUAUUUCCUGAGGAAUUUUCCUUUUUCUUUGUUUACCAGUACAAAGUGAAACCUGCCCGACGCGAAUGCUUGCUUUCUCUAGUGGAUGAAGAGACUAAUUCUGACGUCAUUUCUGUGUCAUUUUCAAAAACAAGAAUUUUAUUUAGAUAUCAAAAUCAGACAAUUAAAUUUAAAUCUUCCAUUAUCGAUGACUCUUAUUGGCAUACGAUUGGUUUCAGUGUGUCGGGCAAAAAUGUUGCCAUGACAAUCGACUGCCGAAUGGAGAAAUCGAAAAAAUUAAGAAGGCAAUUCCCGGCUCUUCUGUCUGUGAAUAAUAGAAUAUUCAGUAUUGCAAGAUGUCAUUCCAAACAUACCAUGUUCCAGGGUUUGCUGAAAGAUGUUAUUUUUGUCCCAGGAGCAGAUGCCGCAGUUCGUGCAUGUCCUCCCCGUCCGCCAUCUUAUAAUGAAAUGGACAACAGGAUACCUAUGGUACCAGAAAGUCCGAUGACGUCAUAUUGGCCACGUGGUAGUGUAUGUACAUGGCUGGAUGUUGGUAAUUUGGCCUUUGAUGUUUAUACUCAGAAAAUUAAAGUUUGUGUGAAUGGAAUAUGGCAAGAAGUUACUGUAGAAACUGAGAAAUAUCGUUUAGACUAUGUAUUAGAAUAUCAAACAUUGACCACACCCAGUGCUUCUAUUGACGUCACAGUAUUUCAUCUACCAGGGGAAGGCAUGUUUGCAGCAUUUGCUAAUAAUGGCGGCGGUGACGACUCCUCGGGACAUUCUGUUAUAUUUAAAUGGAUCGAUGGAAGAUUUGAAUUUUACCAGAAACUAUCCACAGAGUCAGCACAAUCCUGUGAAUUUUUUCAAAUAAAAAAUCAGUUUUUCCUUGCAGUGGCCAACUACGGUAACUCCACAUCCAAACAGAAUAAUUCGACAAUAUUCCGCUGGCAUAGGAGGAGAAAGAAAUUCAAACCUUACCAGGAAAUUCUAACAUGGACGGCUCGAGAUUUUGAAUAUUUUGAAAUAGACGGAGAUCAUUAUUUAGCUGUGGCUAAUCAUGCUGAAGGUGAUAACAAUGACGUAGAAUCUAGUAUUUAUCAAUGGAAUAAAGAGAAGAAGCAAUUUGAAGAGAAACAAACGAUACCCACCAUUGGUGCCUACGAUUGGACACAUUUUACAGUUGACGGUUUUCAUUUUCUAGUUGUAGCUAACGCUUUUAAUGGAUUAACUACCUUAGUUUAUUCUGUGAUAUAUUUUUGGCAGAAUGGUCAACUCGUACAGUUUCAAACUAUGGAGACAAAUGGUGCUACAGAUGUAGAAUGGUUUACGAUAAAUGGUGAUAUAUUCCUGGCAAUAGCCAAUGCCUUUAAUUACGGUCCACAGAAUUACCUGGAUAAGGAUACACAAUUUACCAAUUCCACCAUUUAUAAAUUAAACAAAGAUAAGAAAAUAUUUGAGAAAUAUCAAUCGAUUCCCACGUAUAGUGCGAUUGAUUGGGAAUAUUUUCAAGUGGGUCCAGAUCAUUACCUUAUUGUCUCGAACGCCCAGAACGGUGGUAGUCCCGAUCAACACACCAGUAUUAUUUAUAGAUGGCAGGGUAUGGAGAAGUUUGUGGCCGUCCAUCGUUUAAUCACCCCGGCAACUGCCGACUGGGAAAUCUUUACUGAUAAAAAAGAUAUUUACCUCAUUUAUGCUAAUGCUAAAGACACUACCUCACAAGUUCUUAAAGUCAAGUUCGUGUAGCCGCCAUUAUAUCGUGCCAGGGUCGGAUUAAGCUUGGGUGAGGCCCUUAGUUGAAAAUGCAACUGGGACCCUUGCAUCAACAUAUUCUGGUCAAUGUCCAUCAAACUCACACAAAUACAAUUUGUAUAUCAGUAUGGUAGAUAGAUUUAAUUGGCACAUACAUAUACAACAUAAUAAAUCACAUAUUUAUUUAUGAUACAAAGGUUUUUUUUAAAACUAAUGUGGGGGCCCCUUUAAUAUUAACAACGGGCAUUAUAUAAGAAUAUUGAAAGUAUCAUAGCUUAAAGAUACAUUAUUCAAGAGCUAAAUUUGUCUACUGCAGGACUUUUUUCAGGUCGUAAAUGCAAGUUAUAUAAAUUAUUAAUUAGACAUUGAAAUUUUAUUAACGUGACAAGGUCAUACUCAACUCUCGAUGCCGUUGGGUACUCGAGAUUUUAACUAGAUUAGAACGGUUCGGCCAUUUAAUGAUUUAAUUUAAAAAUGGAGAAGUGAUGCAAAGGCUCGAAUAUACCAGUACCGUGGUUACGAUAUUAAACAAUCAAUGCACACAUCUGGUCAAAACUACAAACAGUAAUAACAUGACUGAGAAUAAAGAAAUUUUGCAUUAUCUGUUUUUGAACUAUA